CAGAUCCAGUCAGAUGCAAUUCAUCCAUCAAUUUGAACCCACCCGCCAUCAUAAACUGAAUUUUGACCUCUUUCAUGAGGUUCCCAUUACAUAAUGGCACUCUUCAGCUGUAUCUCUUGCUCAUGUAAAUAGCCUACGCUAGCGAAAGCAAUUCCGUCUUCGUGGACCCACCUCUUAUCUCCGCCGCUCCGGUGGUUGACGAGCGUGUUAGCUAAACAGGCCACCAACGAAACGCGUGUGAGCCACCUGCAGCAUCAUUCCGCGUCAUCAUCCAUCAGAUUGGCCACGAAAUACGAGCGAGACAGCCACGGAGCCAUCGUAGACCCCGAAUCUGCCCCCCAAACCAUGGUCCCAUUAAGGCUCCGAGCCCAUUGCAAAUUUCCAUUUAAACCGCCGUCAACAGGCGACAUCUUCCUUUUCAAUUCCUAGACAUUCCACCCUCAACCCCAACACCCUUCCAGAAAAAAGCCAUGACAAUCCGCUCCCUCGUCGUCGGCGGCACAAGCGGUAUCGGCUACGCCAUGGCCUGCCGCGUCGCCGCCUCCACCGCCGCCACCGACACCGUCCUCAUCAGCGGCCGCACCAAGCCUGCCGACCUCCCGCACGCCAACAUGGAAUUCCGCCCUCUCGACGCCUCCUCAAUGCGCCAAAUCAAGCACUACACCGACGCGCUCAAAUCCGCCUCGCCACCGCCCAAACUCGACCUCCUCAUCAUGACGCAGGGCAUCAUGACGACGGCCCCGCGCACCGAGGUUCCCGGCGAGGGCAUCGACCGCAAGAUGGCCAUCCACUACUACGGCAAGCAGCUCCUAAUUCGGGAACUGCUUCCUGUGCUCUCCGAGUCGGCGCGCGUCGUGAUUGUCUAUGACGGCAAGCUGGGCAGCCCGUCCAAGCUGCUCUGGGAGGAUCUGGACCUAAAGACGCACUUCACGCUGGUUCGCGCGGCGGACCACUGCAUUUCGAUGAUGGACGCCAUGGUGCAGUGGUGGGCUGGCGCCACUGCGAGUCGCCUGGGGGGCCGGCCGCACUUUGUGCACGCGUUUCCUGGGACCGUGAAUACCAAUCUCCUGAGGGAGGUGGUGCCAUCAUACCUGCAGGGCGUGGUGCGCGGGUUGGGGAAUGUGUUUCUUACGGCGCCAGAGACGUGUGCCCAGAGGUUGCUGGACGGGGCUGAGCGGUGCGCGGUGGAGGGGGCCGAGGAGGGCAGGUUUUGGAGCAAUAUUGAUAGUAAGGGUGGCUUGUAUAGGAACAAGGCGGUUUGGAGCGAGGAGCAGUUGGCGAGAGUUUCGGAGCAUACUUGGAAACUUGUGGAUGCUACGCUGCCGGCGGAGGGGUAGGUUGUCUCCUUUCCUUUUCUCCUGUUCGUUGCCUCUCCUCUGUGGGUGUUGCGGCGCUUCGGAGAAUGUAUAACACCUUGGUUGUGGUAAUUAGGAAAGGAAUCCCAUUUCUUGAAGCACCUAGGGUCCAUUGAGACUUGAGCCCCUUUCUCGAAAGAAAUGCAAAGACACGUGGCACAUCAACUUAAGCCUUAGUUACAUCAACAUCUGUACCAGGAGUGGCGGGACUUGGGUGCUGUGUCUACCCGCGCCCACACAGCCUCUUGUUUCUCCUCCUUUCCUUUCUAUACCCAGAAGAUCACGCUUCGUCAGGUAGUCAACUACGUUGUCCAGUAUAGUUCCUAGUCAACUGCUGUCCGCUUUGGCUACUGUGCUCUGCCC